CUCUUCUCCUUCCGUACAAACCAGAUGUUCUACUCCAGCGUGGAUCUGUGGACGAUCCAGAUGUGAAGUAACACUGAGCUGAGAGGGAGGGGGUCCUGUGGGGGGUGUUGUUUACAUCUUUGGCAAACAGACACUCUCUCCCCGUGUGUGUGUGUGUGUUUAGUGUCUGUUCCUCCCCAGCAGCUGAGGAGGAGCAGCAGCCUGUCGUCUCAGUGCUCCUCUCCGCUGUGGGGCCGCCGCUGCUGCUGCUGCUGCUGCUGCCUCUGUGUCUGUGCGCGCGCUGACCGGAGGGGGCUGGCUCUCCGUGAUUGAAUCCAGCUGUGGAGGAGAACGCGCUCGGAGGGGGCCCGACACAUUUGCAUUGCUAAAUACUUUUUUGUGGAUCGGAGCAGGAACGGGACGGACCGUUUUCCAAAGAGUCACUCCUCAAAGUCCUGGUCCAGGUACCGAAGCUCCAGCUCGAACCGGACUGCGCUUUCAUGAAAACCUGGUGUCGGCUUUCGCGUAAAGGCGCAUAGUUGGGGGGGCGGUGAGUGCCCUGCUGGGUGGUGGCGAGGGGAUUUGGGGAGAGUCUACAUCUACAUCUAAAUCCUCCCUUCUUGAGAAACCAUGCUGUCUGACAAACGUGGCCUCACGUUCUCCUCCUCUCUCAGGUCAGUUCUCACUUUUCUCUUUGCUUCUGUGACUUUGUGCAACAGGAGGUUUCAAAGGUGAACAAAUCCAGCUCUCCUUUCUCUGCAGGAUGUUGGCAGCUCUGGUAUUUAUUCUGCUGUGUAUAAAGUCUGGACAUGGACAGGUAAGAGGACACUAUCUUUCUCUGUUUUAGUCAUUUCAUUCAUUUAAAAAGAGCAUCUGAGACCAUAGAUAUACAGAUUUAACAGAUUAAACUUCUCUUCUGCCCUUUAGAAAGUUACUUAUUUGACUUUAAUCCAUCCAGAUUAAUAAAGUCUGUUAAUUGUCUGUUUCUCCUCAGACCUGCACAGAAGGUUUUGCAUAUGACCGCAGAGCCAGACAGUGUAUAGGUGAGUGACCUGACUUCAUGUGAAAGUGUCUUUAACAGACCCUCAUGUAGAGUCCGGAGACCCUGCAGAUGGUCUACAUGUGGCUUUACCAGUGUCUCUGUCCUCCAGAUGUGGACGAGUGCCGGAGUCUUCCAGACGCCUGCAGAGGAGACAUGCACUGCGUGAACCGGAACGGAGGAUACCUCUGCAUCCCCAGCAGUUUGUACAACCAACCCUACAGACCGGAAACCCCCGUCCUGCCCGAGCCGGUUUACCCGGACCCGUCGCUGGGAUUCCCGGACACCUUCGCCCCGGCUGUUCCCAGAUCUGUGGAGCCCAGUUACCCCAGAGUGAGGACCACUGCGCCGUGCAUCCUGGGAUAUAUUCUCGCAGAGGAUGGCACCUGCAAUGGUGAGUUUGUCUGCAGACAUCCUCUCAUGGUUUUUACUCCAAAGUACAAAUGCAGCAAAUUUCAGACAGAUUAUAGUGGGAGUAAAGAUGCAUUAGAAGCAAGAUGCAUCAAAAAAAUCUAAAUUAAAUGCACCUGGUGUCUGAAAUAUUAAUGCACAAAGUGUGAAAAAGCCUGUUUUUGUAGGAAAAGUUGCAGUAGAACAGAUUUGAGAUGAGAGUUUGGCAAAAGUUGGUUGUCAUGUCUUUCCUUUUUGUCUCUGUCUGUGAUAAUUUCACCUCUUUGGACCUCAAACAGACGUUAAAUAAAACCAUCUGAAGGGGAUUUAUAAAAGACUUCUCUCUGAUGGAAGUGAUAACAAACACAAAGACAUCUGAAACGUGCCAGAGGGUCCAGACUCUGCACAGGCUGGAAAUAUUUAUAACCUUGUAUUGUCUUAUUUGUGUAUUUGGUGCUAUUUUUAGUGGAAUAUCUUCAUCUGCUCGGUUAGAAGUUCCUCCAGCUGCUGUACGGAUGUAACAGAGUGAAAACAGGGACGUUUCUUUGCGAUGUGAGGCACGAAAGUAAAACGACUCGACUUUAAAUCACAGUCUGGUUUCAUUAAUUAAACGCAGCUCGUCGUUUUCAGCCGCACAGAAACCACAUUUAUUGACUCGCAGCGGGUCAGAGCGUCUUCUCGAACAUCACAGAAAACAAAUGUCAAUCCACCCGGAGUCAGAGCGCAGCAGCAGCGGCGGCGGUUUGUAAAUGUCUGCGUUCAACCUGUUUGUGAGGCCUUUUAUAUGUCAGAGUUGAUUUUUGAGUCCAAGUGGUUCAAAGAGGGAUCCUCCUCCUAAUCCUGGUUUACUUCACUUUAAGGUUUCAGGGCAAAAAAAAUAAAAAGAUUUUUUUGUUUCUCAGUUUGAAACCAAGUCCAGCGUGUUUUCAGAGUCAGAGUAUCAGAGUCAAAGAUGCUCCACUGGGAGUCGAGUGAAGCGGUUGCAUGUACAGAUUGUGUUUUCUGGAUGUGUCAUGUUGAGCUGUUAUCUCAGUGGUUGGUCUUUUAUUGUUUGACUCGAACAGCUUUAAGUAUCUCCAUCUGUAGGACGGCACAGGUGUUUGUCUUCUUCUUUCACUUUGACACAAAUCACAAAAUUUAAGAGAAGUUUGAACAUGUUUCCCACCGCGUUACAUCUCCUUUAUGUAAAUGUUCAUAAACUCAGCAGAUGUUGCUCCUAAACCUGUAGAUAUUGUUUAAAACUAUUUGCCUUAGGCGAAACGUCUCAAGAAAGUCCAGUUGUCCUUUUCAAAAGAGUGUCAGAUUUUGAUCCAUCAGACCUCAGGUCAGUUCUCCUGGUCCCCUUACCUGUAGAUAUUGUUCAGCAUUAAUGGAGCCUUCAGAGAUAAGGAAGAUACCCCUGACAUGGACUCUGAUGAUGCUGAGAACAACUCUGGUGUUCCCUCUUCUUUUUGGCGUCAUGAUUCCCAAAAAGAACGACAGAUUGUCUCUGGAUCGUGUUUUUAAAUCGAUCCUUUCUUACAUGGUUCCACUUUCAGAGACAAACUGACUUUACGUACAUUCAGGGACCUUCACUACAGAGCCGUGUAGGGCUGCACGAUUAAUCGAUUUUCAAUCAUAAUCAGAUUAUUUGGUUAUGAUGAUGUUAGAAAAAUAAAAAUCGUCAAAUCGAUUUUCCUCUCUAUCAUGUUUCCUUCCUGAGAGAGCGCUCCUCACACCAGUGUAAACAAAUAUGGCGUUUGAAAAAGAAGGCGUUAAUUUCAUGGUUAAAUAGGACAAGAGCGAGUCAGUCGUGUUGAAUUGGUACGACUUCACAGUUUCAGAUGAAGAGUAAACCACUCCCCUCUGUAAAGUCUGUCUGAAGGAGGUAUUAACCCGUCACCACGGAAACAAAUUCAGGAGUAAACACCAGAGUAUCGGCGUUUCAUCCACACGUAAACGGCAUUUCAGGUGACUGUAAACGGUGUUUUUUGAAAACGGGUCAGAGAGUGAAUAAAUCUGUAAACGACGACCAUUUCAUCUCCGUGUGGAUGUCUAUCUGCAUCUCUGGAAACGAUCAUGUGACACACAGAGUAACUCUUUUAUGGCCCCAAAACAACGUUUAUACAAAUGCUCGGUACUCUUCUUCUGUCUUUUGUGCAUUAACUCUGCAGCGUUACAGCGCCACUUACUGGCAUAUGCACUACAAUGUUUUCAGUGGUUUAGUUUUGAGAGAUGAGAGAAAAACUUACUAUUAAAGCAGGACUCGACAGUGCAACUGUUUCACUUCCACUUGCAAUUACAAAUAGAUGUGUGGAAAUUAAAAAAUAUUUUUAAAUAUUUUUUAUUUAAUAAAAAUAAAAUGUAUUAAUGUGCAUAUAAAAAAAUUAGCUGAGGCGACACAUUUUUUCCUGUAAAUACUGCGGUGAAGUUAGUUUUAGGUUGGAUAUAUUUUCCUGUAAAUACGGCGGUGAAGUUAGUUUCAGGUUGGAUAUAUUUUCCUGUAAAUACGGCGGUGAAGUUAGUUUCAGGUUGGAUAUAUUUUCCUGUAAAUACGGCGGUGAAGUUAGUUUCAGGUUGGAUAUAUUUUCCUGUAAAUACGGCGGUGAAGUUAGUUUCAGGUUGGAUAUAUUUUCCUGUAAAUACGGCGCUGAAGUUAGUUUUAGGUUGGAUAUAUUUUCCUGUAAAUACGGCGGUGAAGUUAGUUUCAGGUUGGAUAUCUGACGGACAUUCUCUGAGGAUCUACCGGUGUCUUCUCACUCUCCAUAACCGGGAAUAACAACAGCAGCGCGGUUAAAUCUACUCGACACCCUCACUGUCAACGUCGGUGUUGAAUAAGGGACCGUCAAUAAAUUACCGGUUUAUUUUCUCAGAAAAGGCUGUUUUCCUUCAAUAGCUUCCAUAUCAUCUGACCAAUUGACCUAAAAUUGAUUUUUAAUAAUAGUACUAAGGUCAGACAAUAAGACAAACAUUAUUUGAUCAAUUUUCAUUGUUCCCUAAAGUUCUUUCAAAAUCGUUCAGCCCUCGAGUCAUGUCUGUUUUUAACGGAGCGCCACCUGAGGGCCUGAAGAUUACAGACACAUCGGUCUUUAGUCUCGUCACUUUUUAUCCUGAGUGAAAUUGUUGAAAUAUUUCUUCUCUCACAGAGUGGUGAACCUCCUCCUAUGUCUCCCUCUGUGAUACUCAACCUCUCUUGAAAGCCUUUUACUGCCUGGUCUUUUAAGUUAGUUGAGGGGAAGUUAAUUAUUUCUUAACUUUUUUGAAACAUCAAAUUUCAAACCUGCAGAUAUUAGUCAAAGAAAAUGUUGUUUCCUGCUCCUUCAAUGUGAGUUCGAGACGUACUCGACAUCUUGACACUUUCUGUUGUGAAACUGAAUAGAUGAGGUUAACCGAGGUGACGGUGUCCAGAGAUUCUGGGUAAGUUGUUAAAUAACGGCGUGGGAGUAGCACGAACCAAUCAGCUCUCAGGGUCAGAUGUUGUUUGAUUGUCUGAGUGUGUCAGUGUGUCUGCAGAGAGCGACCUUCAGCUCUGUUUGAUUCCGAUCAAUUUCACAACCACGAGAAAUCCCAGCUGUUACAAAAAAACUACACCACUCAUGUCCUCCCUCCAGCUGUUCCAGAUACCGCUCACCAGAAUUACCGAAGUGCGUCCAGCUGAAGAAAACCACCUCCUUAAAGUCCAUUUUAGGUGUUUUUCUCUCAUUCUGUAAUGAGUGGAAAAUGCACACAUAUAGAGCUGUUUUCUCCCUCAUGCACAAAUACGGAGAGAGCCUGUCAGGGAAUCGGCUCACAACCUUGUUUGGGUAAACGACGCCAUCAGAGUGCCAACCAUGAGGUCAUUUGUUACCGAAUCAGAGCGUGAGCCGGCCAGGAGAACAGGCAGACCUCUGUGGGGGCCAACCGUAACCACCCCUCACACUUAUAGGACCGCUCCUAUAAGUGUGUGUGUGUGUACGUGUGUGUGUGAUGUAAUGGGCUGUUGAUUGAUGCCGACUGCUAAAGGGCAGAAAUUACACAGACUGCAGCUUCCUGUCUGACCCGGCUACAAACACAGCUUUGUCUUUAAGUUAACGACCUCACGCUCCAUCAGCUUCACUAAUGGCACCAGUCUGCAGCAACAAUCAAACCGAUCCGUCUCCAGGUGUGUGCACUCGUGUGUUCGCUAAUCUUGAUUAAAGAAACAGAUUUAGGUGUCAAAAGUUCAGUUUAGUUAUUAUUGUGCGUGAUAAAAAUUUGACAGGAUGAGCGAACAGGUUAAAACAUCGCGCACAAGAGGUUUGAAAAAGCUCGGAAACAAGAGUUUUAAUAAUCAGCGAUAAAUAUUAGUUUUAAAGAAGAGCAGUGAAUAGAUAUAUAUGUUUACAAGACAAGAAGUAUACAAGAUUUUUAUAAGAUUAGAGACCUUUUGGAAAUGCUUUUUGGAUGAUUCUGAUGAAGAUGUUGUUUGUAGAGAUGUCGGUAAUUCUUCCAAAGAGAUGCUCCUCUAGGUUGAUCAUACAUCCUCUUUUACCCAGACAUGUCUGCUUUUUGGGGGGCUGUCCGGUCUGUCUGGGGGAGUUUAUAAAAUCCUUAAAAUAUCCAGGGUUUUGUAUGGAAGUUUUUAGUUUGUGUUGUUUGGACUUACUGAGUUAGAAGUGCGUAAAAAACACUCAACCCGACCCGAAAAACCUUCAAAAUUUACUACGCUUGACUCUGUGACACUGCGUAGUCAUGUCCUCUUUUUGGGGAUUCAGAAUAUGGUCACCCUAUAUCUGGUCUGUAGUCAAGUGUCCUUAUUUACAAUGAGCACACAGGUUUGAUAGAAACUAAUAUUGAAACUAAUUAAAGUGUAAAGCAAUAAGACAAGUGUCAUUCAGCAUAGAACAAGAUCAUGAGUGGAUCAUUAAUGUAAACUAAAAACAAAACAAGUCCGAGGAUUGAACCCUGAGGUACCCCGUACAUUAGCUCCACUUAGCUUAGCUCUGUCUCUGGAUUUUUACGUUUCAUCAUCCUCUCAUGUUUCUACCAUCUUUGAAUGUACAGGAGAAAACAGUUCAACCACAGAUGACCUGCAUGUAGAGUUUAGCUAACAGUCUGCUCUUCAGAUGGAUGUAUGCUAACAUUAAACCUUGCCUUUGCAUCAGGAAGUUAUUGUUUACAUGCUUGAGUGUGCAUGCUACUGGGAGAUGUCUGCAGAAGGAAUAAGACAGAUUCUAGGCGUGGUGGUCAUCACUUUCUUUGUCUUGUGCUAAAACCGUAUGAAUCUGUCUAAAUUUCUCUGUUUCGUCGCACUCUGUCUUGUUACUCGCACUCAUUUCACUCAUUCCAUCUUGCACCUUUCUGCACAAAUGAACAACUCCCCAUGGAAAUCUGCAUAUAUUUUAUUCGCUUUUUACAAUAUUAACAUGGAGGCAGCUUAAUAACCGAUACUUCAGCCAGUCAGUAGGGGGAGCUCGAAUGGGGCGCAACGAGAAUAUCUGCUCAAGUUGAGACAUUUUCAGCUCCCGCCCAAUUCGCAUCAUUUGCACCGCCAGAGUAGUAGGAGCGUCUAAUCGCGUCUUUGCAUAGACUUAACAUGUAAAUCAUUCGCGCGAAUAAAAUCAUUCGCGCGAAUAAAAUCAUUCGCGCGAAUGAUUUUAUUCGUGCUUUGUGUGUGGAGACAGUAAAGGUUUUGGCUUCACUUUCAGGUCGAUCUUGCUGCUGCUGUUGUUGUUUACAUAAGCGAACCUGCCUCUUGGAUCAGGCCGGAUGGUGAAAAAGAACCCAGAUGCGUCUGAAGUAGAAAAUAAAACCCGAGCUGACAACUUCAUCUGGUUUCCAGGCUGGUGCUGCUGCUGCGGUGGAAUUUUUAAAAUAGUUUUUCGAUGUCUUAAAUUUGAUUCACCUUUAUUUUUGGAUCCAUGAAAGCCAAAUUUGGAGGCAGAUGUUUUAAAAACUCAAAACAGCUUUUCUGAUUUGAGUGAACUGUCCCUUUAAGAAGAAUAAAGAUGACUUUAAUCCGCUGUCCCAUAAAGAAGAGGAGGAUUCGGCUCUCCUGCUGUGUUUUUCCUUUCUCACAGGGCUGCGUACUUCAUUUCCGUUUCUUUUGUCCCGUUUUUUAUUCGAGUAAAAGGAUUACUUGCUCCUCCGUGGCUUGAGAAACUAUUUCAACCUCACGGGCUUUUGGAAACGACACAGGAUGGAGACAAAAAUGUUCAUUGAUCACAGUCGGCCCUCUGUGGAGCUGCUCUGAGGACAGAUGAUGAACUCGGCAGCAGUCAUAAUAAUCAGUGAAAUGAAAAUAAAGUGAACUUUAAGGCCAAAGGGGACUCUGCUGGGAUCAGUGUGUGUCCUCUAAAGCCGGCAGUGACCCCAGCAGCUCACGAGGAGGUCUAUAUAAGGAGCUGGAUCUGCAGAGAGGCCACACAUGUGCUGCAGAUGAGGACCAUUCAGAGGUUUUCUCUGGUAAAUGCAUGCAGGUGCCGGGGCCGUGUAGCUGUUGGCCAGGGUCCGAUCACUCCGGGGCCCCUCCACCCCACUGGAGGGCCAGCAGUCCAAGUUGGCACAAAGGCCAGCGGUCCCACUGACAGACGUUAUCGCUUUCCAGAGCUGCCUGAGCAAACACAGAGGCGGGCCCACACCCACUUCCCCCACCGGUUUUCGAGGGAUCGGUGACUUCAUGGUCUGAGAACCGAAAACAAGCAGGAAUUUUUUCACAUGUCGUUUAUCCUCAUAAGGAAAUGUGUCCAUUAUGAUGCGGAGAGUGAGGGCGCCAAAGGAAUUCAGAUGGUAAUCUAAGAAUUCUUUAAUCCGGGGCAAAAACAAUAGGAGAGUGAUGCCCUGUUGAAACCUGAACUGUUCCAACACAGGGAGGCGAAAAUCUGAGAGUUAGAGAAACAUACUUGUGAUAAAAGCUGCCGGUGCAAACUCAGAGCCAGAGGAGCGGGGCCAAGAGUGCAGGGCAGGCGAACCCGGAGCAGCAGGGACCGAUUUAGAGGACGGACAACAUUUAAACAUGCUGACUGGAGAAUAAUGAUAAAUAACAGCAUGAAUUUAACCAAAACAAGCGAAGUAUCGACCAUAUUUUCACAAAGAAAGAUGAUUUCAGCUUCUGCUUCCUGUUGACAACAGCCAUGUUCAUCUGUGCGAAAUUCCUUGAUCCGAUUAAACAUUUUAGGAAUCGGAUAAUCUUAAUCCAAUGUUUAUAUGGUGCAAAAUCAAAUAAUCCGAUCAUGACGUCCAUAUACAUGCGCCAAAUUUGACUCAGAUAAGAGACAUUUGGACAUGCGCAGAGUUGUCUAAUUUUGCUAAAAUAACCGCAGAAGAAGAAGAAGAAGAGUUGUAUUUACGUCUGUGCUGUCAACAAACCAACAAACGCGGUAGUGGCUCACUCCAUCCAGUUCAGGAUUUCUCCUCUGUUAAAUGUUGUCACCAAAUGGCGCCCUUGCUCACUUAUUUUACUGUCUUGUCAAAGGUCGUACUGUGCGUGCAGAUAUGAUGUCAUUACGCCGUAUGUACGCCUUGUUAUGUUACCGGAGGAGAAGCCACGGUACCAGCGGUUGUGUUUUAUGUCAGAGUGUAAAUAAUGAAACUUCCUGUACUGACCUUAAUAGAUAAACUAAAGAGUGAAGAUUGAGUCAGGUAAGAGAGUCACGAUCUGAAUAAGUGUUUACACGGACGCGUUUCGUAAUAACAGUCGGCAUAAACCACCCCUCUCGAUCGGAAUACAAUAUCUUUCCGAUUGAGCCGAACUGGAUCAAAAUCUUCCGAUUGACAUGUUUACAUGACGCAUUUUUAUUCCGAUCGGGCAUUUAUUCCGUUUAUUGGUGCUCAUGUAAACGCGGCUGUUGUGAUUACAAAAGUUAUUUUCUGAAAACAUAGGUGGAUGUUUUUUUAUACAAUCCUGGAAGCAAAACCGCCCAGUCAACAUGAUCAGUUUCUGUCUCUAAAUCUGUAAAAAAAACACUCAGUUUUAUUUUUCAUACUUUGCAUUCUUCCUCACUCUGACAACAAACCCUUAAAAGGUUAUUUUCACGAGUUUAACUUCAAACUUUUUAGCCAGAGAUAAUUUAAUCUUCCUCUCUGCAGCUGGAAAUGAGACCCCUGAGGUCUGUCUGUGUUUGCAUCAGGAAAUUAAAGAGCUAUCUGUUCAGGAGUCAGUGUUAGAGUGUCUGUCUGAGUGAAUAUCAUCUCUCCACAGUUCUUUAAAACAACGCAGUAAAAAUGUAAAUAUGAGAUUUAUCAUGUCAGUAAAAACACGGCUCCUCUCACGGCUCUCUUUGGUUUCUGUGUUUCAGACAUCGAUGAAUGUGAGACAAACUCUCAUCACUGUAACCCCACCCAGGUCUGCAUCAACACGGCAGGUGGAUACACCUGUUCCUGCACUGAAGGAUACUGGCUCAUCGGGGGGCAGUGUCAGGGUGAGUGGACUCAGUCCGAACCUUUAUUUUACACAAAUCCAAGAGUCUCAUGAAGUUCUACAAAAACCUUGAAAUUAAAAUGCGUUUCGAGGGAUAUUCCUGCGUAAAGAAAUGAUCAUAAAUGUUCUUCCUUGAGCUGCGGCACCCCGCCGUAGUCCGUAAUAGACUGGCUCGAACAAGCGGCUGCUGGAAGAGAGUAGGUGAGUUGUGUUUAGUCUCUUUGCUAAAGAAAUGAGUCAAAGUUAAAAAGAUGUUUGGUGUCUAGUACUAUGUCUGUGACCCUAUAUGUCCUGUUGAUGAAGUUAGGUGCUGUUCUGAGCAUUAUUUAUGGCUAUAGAGUGGCGUUUUGGUUGAGCGCAUGGCUCUCUGUGUUACUGAAGUUGGUAUAAGUAGAGAAGCAAGCGGUCGGCAACAUUCAUCUCAGGAGGGGGGGUCUAACUCGGUGUUACGGGGUGUUUGACCCUAAAUUAAAUUUACGGCAGAAUAUCCCUUUAAAUGCCAUCAGGGGUUAGCAGCGCCCUCUACUGGCUGUUAAAUAUUGUCACAUAAUGUCUUUAACUCUCGAAUCCAAGUCCAUUCCCAGGUCCUGAAAACCAGGACUGGAGUUUCUGUUCAUGUCUUUUUCAUAACCUCUGUGUUUCUCUCUUUCUGACCAGACAUUGACGAAUGUCGCUAUGGUUACUGCCAACAGCUGUGCGCUAACGUCCCGGGUUCUUAUUCCUGCUCCUGUAACGCUGGUUUCAUCCUCAACCCGGACAGCAGGACCUGCCAAGGUACCCGGGACAUUCACUCAGACUAAAAACCCGCCUGUUUGGUGACGUUUUAUCGUUAAUCUCUCUUCCUGUUGUCGUUCCUGCAGAUGUGGACGAGUGUGAAGACGAGCCCUGCAGUCACGGCUGCUUCAACACCUACGGCUCCUUCAUGUGUAACUGUGACGAAGGGUUCGAGCUGGCGUCUGACGGUACCUCCUGUAUUGGUGAGACGAGCUAGUUCAUCUUUUUUCAUUAAAAAUUUAACCUCUAAGGAAACUGACUCUGAAUUUAAGAGCUUUAAACCCUGGACCACAGCGACACGCAGCCAUGUUGAAGGUUUUGACGUGAACCCUUUGUGUCCCUCCUGUAGACCUGGAUGAGUGCAGCUUCUCUGAGUUCCUGUGUCAGUACAGAUGUAUUAACACCCCCGGCUCCUUCUCCUGCAUCUGUCCACCUGGAUAUUAUGUCUAUGAGGACGGCAGGAGCUGUGAAGGUGACGUUCAGGAGACAAUGACACACUUACUAAUGUGGAUUAUAUAAUGAUUAUAUAACACUGUCUGUUAUUUGAUGAUGAUGAUGAUGAUGUCCUAACUGACUCUGAUUGUUGUGUGUUUGAUUUUAAAGAUAUCAAUGAAUGUGACACUGGUAACAACACCUGUACAACAGCACAAGUAUGUUUCAAUUUCCAGGGAGGCUACACCUGCCUGAACCCUUUACAGUGUCUCCUCCCUUACAUCGAAGUCAGUGACAAGUGAGUACUACGAUUUCCCACAGUUUUUCAUUCUUGAACGAAUCUCGUACUGUAACAUAUUUGAUUGUAUCAUAUUGAAACUUUACAUAUCCUAUUGAAUCAUAUUAUGUCAUCUCAUCUCAUCCUGUAUCAUAAUUUUACAUAUAUCAUAUCAUCUGUAAUUGCAUCAUAUCAUACUUUUACAUAUCAUGGUGUCUUGUGUUGUAUUUUAUCAUAUCGUAUCAUAUCAUGUUAAAACUUUACAUAUCGUCACCUAUCAUCUCAUAUUGCAUCAAUUGCAGCUUUGGUAUCAUGGCAUUUUGUAUAUUGUAUCGUAUCAUCUUAUCUCAUCUCAUAUCAUAUUGUGUAGUAUCAUAUCAUAACUUUACAUAUUGUGUCAUUUCAUAUUUUAUCUCAUGUCCUCUCAUCUCAUCCUGUAUCGUAUCAUCUUGUAUCAUCAGUUUACAUAUCAUGGCAUCUUGAAUAUUACAUAGUAUCAUUUUAUCUCAUCUUAUCUUAUAUCAUAUCGCAUCAUAUUGAGUAGUAUUGUACUGCAACUUUACGUAGUGUCUUCUCAUCCUGUAUUAUAUCAUCUCGUGUCAUAUCAUAUCAUGUCUCAUUUUCACGCCUGCAUCAUUAGUUAAUUUACUGUAAAACAAAACCAAAUGAUUAUUCACUUAUUUGUUGAACGCUUUGAGAUAUCAGAGAGAAAACAAAUCUGGUAAUCUAUUUCUUUGUUGUUAUUCAAAAGUCAUCCUUCACAGUAUAUUUGAUGCAUCACUUUGUGUCACUCAGUAUUCACUCUUUACUUUCUGUUUGGAGUUUAAUGAAGACUUUGGUGGAGCUCUGCAGCCUCUUGUGGCCAAAAGUAGUAUAACAACAACAAACAUGAGACGAUCCUCCUGUCAGACUUUUUUUUCAUUAUUUUACUACAUUUUCAAUUUGAUUACAGGAAACAAGUAUUAUGCGUAAUAACAACCAACAUAGUAGUUCUUUCUUGAGUCCAUUAAAAACAAAGUAGAAUACUGAAGAGUAACUCUUCACUCUCUUCUUUCUCCUCCUGCAGUCAGUGUAUGUGCUCGGCUGAGAACCCUGCCUGCAGGGACAGACCCUUCACUAUUCUCUACCGACACAUGGACCUGUCGUCGGGGCGCAGUGUGCCUGCAGACAUCUUCCAGAUGCAGGCCACCACGCGUUACCCCGGAGCUUUCUACAUCUUCCAGAUAAAGUCGGGCAACGAGGGGCGAGAGUUUUACAUGAGAGUGAGUACCUGAGAGGGAAAGGAGACGUCACACUGACCUGUAGGAGUGAUGCUGAGGGACCAUGAUGCUCUCUGGGCUUUUCAAAGGAUGUUUUCGUCUUGAGUAACAUGAUUUAAAGUGUUGACAAAAACAGAAUUAGAUGUUUUUUUCAUCGUUUAAACCUUUAUUUAAUGAACAAAAGUACAAAAACAACAUAUCAGAUAUUAUCAGACCACAUAUUGGACCACAGGACGUAUCUCUACUUCCCCUUAGUCCAUCUUAAAUAACCUGGGUCUAAAGUCUAAAGUCCAGAGUCUAAUAAAAGCCCUUGAUAAUCUGGGAUUAUGAUUAAAUUAUUGUGUAUAUUUAACUGACUUAUUCCGUCUGGUAUUUUAUGCUGCACUUGGAUUGCUUUCAUGUUGCAUUAACCAUUAUGUUUCUUUGAAUUCCUGUAAAGUGUUUGAAUUAAUCUAAUCUCAUAACCUGUGCACUGUUUAGCCAGUAGGUGGUGCUAGAGUAGUAGUAAUAGUAAUAUAGUAUAGCAAUGUGUCUGUAAGGGACAUUUUUGCUGCACAAGUUGAUUCACAGCUGAUCAAGAAUAACUGUUAAGGACUGAAAAAUAACUCAAAUUUCAAGGUAUUUUCAUCUGAUUUAUAAAAAAAUCAUGACUUUUGCUUUAAUUAGAGACAUUCAUCAGACAAGUGCAGAAAAAAAUGUCUGAUUUUGGCAAAAAUUCAGAGCUAAACUGCUUGAAAUGAGUGGAAAACAAACAAAAAUCUACUUUUUCAGUUUAAUUCAAUGUCACUUAUCAAGAACGUCAUGAGUAUUUUUUUCCCUUUUUCCAAAUAAGACACCGUAAAGGAGAAACAAGGCAAAAACACACUUGUUAAUAUGUAUAUUUUUGCAGUGUAAAAUCCACUGACUGUGAUAGAAACAGUGUCUGUGUCCUGACCUUUUGUUAAGGACUCUUAGAUUUUCUGAUUUUCUGUCCCAAACACUUCCUGCUCCUCAUUCCUCACAUACCUCCCUCCCUAUUUCCUCCUUCUCUCGCAGCAAACCAGUAACGUGAGCGCCACCCUGGUCCUGUCUCGGCCCAUCAAGGGGCCGAAGGAGGUGGUGCUGGACCUGGAGAUGGUCACGGUCAACAACGUCAUCAAUUUCAGAGGCAGCUCCAUCAUACGGCUGACGAUAUUUGUGUCCGAGCACCCGUUCUGAGGGUCUCGAGUGGACUUGAUCCGUCUGCAGCUGAUACGAUGGUUGGUCUGAGACAGCUUGUCGUCCUUUUGUUUGUUUUCGAACGGUUGUGUCAUCCUCAUAAAGACUCAGCAAAGACCAGCUGAUGGGAAAUCUGAACCCCCGCCCUGCUUUAAUGGACACUGAGCUUUUAUGGCUGCGAUAUGGACGGAUAUUUAUGGUGUACAAUUUCUGACAUCCUCUAUUUAGACAAUGACCUGAAAAUGAUGAAAUUUACCAUCACUGCCUAACAGAAUAUCCACAGUCACGUGUUUUUAGGAGUCCCUCGUUUGUCUGUGAAUUUUCAUCUCCUCAGAUAAGAUGUGAACUUUUCUACAGCUGUCGUUACAUCAGAUCAUCAUCAUCAUCGUGGUGUUUUUUUUAUUUUCCUUUUAUGAGGCAGGAUGAGGGCCGGUUAUCAGAGCAGAAGUGUAAUUGUGCAUUUGCAGUGGCAAUAUUUGAAUUGAUAUAAAAGCCAGUCAUUAAAUGAAUUAUUGAUCACAGUUUCUUUGAGACCAAUAAAUGUCUUCACCACAAAA